CUGUAUCAAAACGGGGUACCAGUCAAAUUUGUAACCCCCAUAUAUAUGAAUAAUUUUAGGUACAAAAAUUACUUUUGAAAAUGAAGGUGAUGAAGGUGAUCGAAAUACAAUAGCAGGUGAUAUUGUAUUUAUUAUUCGAGAUAAACCACAUCCUAUAUUUGAACGUUCAAAUUCUGAUAUAAUCUAUCGAGUUAAACUUACAUUAAAACAAGCAUUACUUGGUACAUUAAUAAUUAUUCCAUUUCUUGAUUCAACUAAAUUACCAUAUCAAUUACAUACUUAUCAAGAAAUUUUAACAUCACAAACAGAAAAACGUUUUCCAAAUGAAGGUUUACCUUAUCCAAAAAAUCCAACUAAACAUGGAGAUCUUAUUGUUAAAUUUGAUAUACUUUUUCCAAAAUUUCUUAAUACUGAACAACGUUCAUUAGUAGAUAGUUGUUUUCCUAAUUCGAUAGAUUUUUAUCAACUACAUGAUUCAGUACUUCAUACAACUAUAAUUGAUCAAAAUCAACAACAAACAUUUACGUCACCACCAUUACAAGAACAACAACAGCAACGACAACAAAUGUCGCCUUCACAACAUCUAUUUACGUCUACUCCAAUAUCAACAGCCGCUUUCAAAUCUCAAUAUUCAUCUAUCAAUAAUAAUAAUCAAAAACCUCCUCAUCGAUAUUUCAAUAGCAAUGGACGUCAUAAAUCACCAGCAUCAACUUCGCACAAUUCUUAUCAAAAUAAAUCAACAUCUGUACGUAUUCCUCCUCCGGUGCCACCACGACCAUCACCAACUACACUUAUAGGAACACAUGUCAAUGAGACUGUGUUUUAA